GGAGGCUACGCAGCUCCUGACCCUAAACAGAAUCUUCUUAAGAAAAAAAAAAAAGCAGUGUCCCUGUUCCUUAUAAGGCAGGGGCAGGCUUCCCCGAGCACUGCGAGAGGGGCGGUAACGGGUUAUUUCAGUAGAGCUCCUCCAGCAGAAGUCGCAGCAGAGUGAAGUUGCAUUGAAAUUACGAGCCCUUCAUCCCCGGCGCCGAGCAGAAAAACUCCAUCAAGAGAGGAGACAUCAGGUGAAAGAAAAAAAAAAAAAAAAAAAAAAACACAUCACACAACUUGAUCAUGGGAAAAUCAGCUUCCAAACAAUUUGCUGAAGAGGUCUUGAAAGCACACAAUGACUACAGGAAGAAACACGGAGUCCCCCCAUUAAAACUCUGCAAGAAGUUAAACAGAGGAGCCCAACAGUAUGCGGAAGAGCUGGCUACCACGAGGGUCCUCAAACACAGCUCCGAGUCUGCUAACGGAAAAUGCGGAGAAAACCUGGCAUGGGCAUCCUAUGAUCAACCAGGGAAGGAUGUGGCUGACAGAUGGUACAGUGAAAUAAAAAAUUACAGCUUUCAAAACCCAGGUUUUUCUUCAGGGACAGGCCACUUCACAGCAAUGGUUUGGAAGAACACAAAAAAGAUGGGAGUUGGAAAAGCAUCUGCUAGUGAUGGUUCUACAUUUGUGGUAGCUAGGUACGAUCCAGCUGGAAAUGUGGUAAAUCCAGGCUACUAUGAAGAAAAUGUCCUUCCUCCAAGAAAAUAACUUUUUUUUUUUAAAAAAAAAAAAAGGUAGUGUAUUGUUUAGCGACAAAUGAACCUAAGUUUGGACUUGACAGUAUUUGAAAUGAAGUACAAUUCAAUGACAUUUCCUGGUUGAUACUGCUGUUCACCUCUUAUUACAGAGGAAGCAAUUACAUGUUGCUUGAGUCAAUCUACACAUUAGGUCCCUGUUGUUUCUGAGGGGGCUGCAGUUUAUCUGAGGAUGAAGUAUACGCAGUAUUUCUGAAGGGUAACAGUUUAUAAGUUUUUCUUUUUACCUUUUUUUUUUUUAAUAUUUUGCAUGAACUCUGCGUCAGCAUGUGAGUAAGCACAUGUUGAAUGUCUUUUUCUUAACAAGCAAAUUUGUAGCUUUGUGUAAACUGAAGAUACCAGCUUGUAAUUAUAUCAUGUAUUUCAAGUUUUCCAGUAUUCAUUAAUAACUGUAAAUUCUUUGCUCUCUCUGUACUUCCUGCUACUGUGGAGUCAGCUCUCUGCACAUGAGAUGGAACAUAUGCAAAGCCUCCCGUAGGAAAAGUACAUGUAUAAAAUGUAGGGCAAUUCAGACCUGUAUGUUUUCAUUAAAAGGAUCUCAGAGAACACUAAAAUAUUGCUGGCAAAAUUGUAUCCAUCAAGCAAGCUAUAACUAAUGUGUGACCAGAAAGCUACUAGAAAUGUUUAAAUCCUAGCUUUAUAUUUUAGGUGCUAAUCUUUAAAAUUUGUUUCAGAUGAAGUAUAUUUCAAGCUCAAACCCAUCCUACAGUUUACAGUAUGUACAUUGUCUUAUAAUCAAAUUGUUUACUUCCCUUACAGAAAAGCAAGGUAGUGCCUUUUUUCUUAGAUGCAUAAAAUAAUUUUCUUUUGGAGAGCAUCUAGGAUUUUAUUUCUCAGUAACUAAUUUUUAUUUCCUAGGGAAUAUCUUCUGCAGGUAUCAUACUAUACAGACAAUAGCAUUCCCAAGUCAUAAUUAAGAAACAUUUGCUCUUAGUUCUUAUCAUUCAAUAACAGCAGAAAUAUGUCAUGCUGGAUAGAUGCCUUGAAAAAAAAAAGCAUAUUUAAUUUCUUUAAAAGAAAGCAAACAAAAAUUCUAAGGACACAUUUUUUUCUUUAAAAAUGUGGAUUGGACACUUUGGCCAGAUUCAUAUAUUCUACUUUAAUUUGGGGUUUUCUUUGCUAUGUAAAUGUUUCAUUUGACUUCUUCUGAGAUUCUGUAUCCCAGAAUUUGGUUCAUGAAGAGUGCCAUUGCAGAAAUACUUUCUGUUUACACAGUUGUAAUAAACUGCACUGUUACGGCUUGAUUAUAUGUCACUGUGAUGCUGUAUAUUAUAAACUUUUUGCUGUAACCAAGAAUUUAACACAUACAAUGAACAUCUGAAAAUUAAAUAUUUUUGAAUAUGAA